UUUAAACAAGUUAUGGUUAUACAUACACUAAUUAUACGUAACUGAUGGAGAGACGCUACUUUCAGCACCUUGGACAGCACAAUGUGUGCUUUUGUUUAAGCAAAGCAACUUUCCUCCAAUAGAAACGCACGUUUUUAUCCCCACCCCUUUUAACUCUUCUCCCAGACCCACACAGGCCUGUUGCUCUCAGAAGCUGUAUUGUUAGUUUAGAAACGUUAGAACAAAUGGUGGAGAUCAUGGAUACAAAACGUGUUUCUCAUAUACUCUGCAAUGUCUUGCGAUGUCUAGCAGCCUAUAUGCAUGAACUAAAACCCCGAAGGAGUCUAUAGCUACUAGUGAAAAUACUCAAUUAAAAAUGAAGAGUAAAGAGCUUUUUCAGAGAUCUUUGGACUGGGCUGCAGUUUGGAUUGUUCUUAAUUCUUUGUGUUUUGCAACGCACGCUUUGGAACUUUUAUAUUCUACAGCUGAGGAAUCUAAACCGGGAACUAUUGUUGGCCACCUGGCUAAAGAUUUAGGAAUGGACUUUCAUGUGAUACUUCUAAGAGAGAUGCGAAUCAUCUCGGAAUCUAAUGCUAAGUAUUUUGACGUAGACCUGAUAUCCGGAGCUUUGGUGGUCAAGCAAACAAUGGACAGAUAAAGUAUGUGCGGAGGAAAUUUACAUUGUCACACUCGGAUUCAGAUUUCUCUUCAAAAUCCUUUGGAAAUGCACAGCGUUACGAUAGAAAUUGUGGAUGUUAACGACAACGCGCCACACUUCCAAAGCCGAAACACUUCUUUAGAAGUUUCAGAAGCGGCUGCGCCAGGCACUAUGUUCCGCUUAGAAAGUGCACAUGACCCUGAUGUGGGUGUGAAUUCACUGCGCGCUUAUUUUCUUAGUCAAAACGAUCGUUUUAUGCUAAAAGUAGAAACUAAAAGUGACGGAAGCAAAAUCCCAAUUUUAGUCUUGAACAAGCCUCAUGAUAGAGAAAAGAGGAACGAAUUUAGAUUGAUUUUAACAGCAGUUGAUGGUGGCAGUCCAGAAAAGUCCUGCAAUAGUGCCAUUUUUAUAAAUAUUCUAGAUGUCAAUGACAACUCGCCACACUUUCAUAAUCUUACAAAAAGAGUCACGCUUUUAGAAAAUUCACCUCAUAGAACGUUAGAUACAACUCUUAAUGCCUCUGAUGCCGAUCAUGGUCAAAAUGGUGAAAUAUAUUACAUAUUUGAUAAAUACACCCCUGACAAUGUUUUAAAACUCUUUAGUGUGGAUUCUGCGACUGGAGAAAUUAGAGUUACAGGACUAGUCGAUCACGAGCACGCUAAUGUGUAUGACGUCACUGUUCUUGCUAGGGACAAGGGAAUACCUCCCAUGGAGGGCUCAUGCAACAUCAAAAUCGAGAUUAUUGACGUGAAUGACAACACCCCUGCUAUCAGCAUUAAUGUGGUUUCUCCUGUAAUCUCUGAAGAUGUGAGUUCAGGCACUGUCAUUGCCCUAAUCAAAGUAAAAGAUGAAGACAAAGGGGAAAAUGGCGAAGUGAGCAUGCACAUCCAUUAUGGGUUGCCUUUCAAGAUGACUUCGCCUUAUAAAGGGCUUUUCACUUUAAUGACCGAUGGCCUGCUGGACAGAGAGGCUGUGGCUGAAUACACCAUUAUUGUGACUGCCACAGACUCUGGUUCCCCGCCCCGUUCCUCACAGGAAUCUUUUGUGUUACGUCUUUCAGAUGUUAAUGAUAACCCCCCAAUCUUCUCACAGCGUUCCUACUCUGUGGACAUAGCUGAAAACAAUGCCCCAAAUGCUCCCCUUCUGUCCGUGUCUGCAUCAGACCCAGAUGUGGGUGAGAAUUCCACUGUUUAUUUCUCAAUUUUGGAGUGUGAAGCUCUUGGUAGGUCUGUGUCUUCAUAUGUAUACAUUAACCCAGAUAGUGGGCAGAUAUAUGCCAUGCGAAAGUUUGACUAUGAGCAAUUGAAUGCAUUUCAAUUCAUAGUGCAGGUUCUUGAUAGAGGAACUCCAGCUCAAAGCUCCAACACUACGGUGCAUGUGUUUAUUAUAGAUCAGAAUGAUCAUCCUCCUGUCCUUAUAUAUCCUGCACUCCCAUCCGAUGGGACGCUGCAGUUUUUGGUACCUAGCACGGCUGGCAUCGGACACUUAGUCAAUCGCAUCACAUUUGUGGAUGGUGAUAGUGGCCACAAUGCCUGGUUAUUCUACAGCUUCUCGGGGCUUGAUACUGAAAUGUUUCACAUAGGCGCACAUACUGGAGAGCUGCGUACAGCCCGUAAACUUACAGAAGAGAACAGCAAGUCUGUCUUUAGCUUCAUUGUGAUUGUAAAAGAUAACGGCAGGCCUUCUCUCUCUGCUAGUGUGGUAAUUAACAUCACUCUGGCUGAGAAAGCUUCAGAUUUAUUUUCUGAACCCAGGAGCUCUACCUCCAAAAGUCCAAAAGGGUCUGACCUCACGUUGUACCUCAUAAUUACAUUAUCCUUCAUUAUUACGGUCUCAUUCCUGGUCAUCAUUUUUGUAGCAGUGCGCUGGCUCAGCCGUCAUGGUUACGUUAUGUGCCUCAUGCAAAAACUUGGCUUCAAACACACAUCUCGUGAGCACCAACACAAUGACCUCCACCUGCAGCUAAAUAAUGACGGUCCUAUUAGAUGCAUGGAGGUCGUGGGGGUCUCCCAGGAUUUACACAAACACACAUACAUGCCUGGUUUCUCCACUAUAUCCAGCAGGAGCGACUUUGUGUUUGUUAAGGCCCCACAGAGCACUCUAAGCAUGCGACUGUCAAAAAGAUUCUUUUCUCACUCACUCAUGAAGCAAAAUCCCCCUAAUGCUGACUGGCGAUUUCCCCCAAACCAGAGGCCUGGACCCAGCGGCCAACACAGGUUCCACACCUUGCAGCAGAGAUGGACUCCAUACGAGAAGUCCAGGGCUGGAGCUCGUCCUGAUGAGGCAGGUGCCAGCGCUGGUGUGAUAGCGGGAACAAGACCGUGGCCCAACCCCCCUACCGAAGCUGAACAGUUCCAGGCUCUGAUAGUGGCAGCGAACGAAGUAAGUGAAGCCACUGCAACUCUUGGCCCUCGCUACAAUCCACAGUACGGCCCGGACUACCGCCAGAAUGUCUACAUCCCGGGUAGUACCGCCACCCUCACGGUCAACCCUCAACAACAGGUACCCCAGCAGGCCCUUCCCCCUUCCCAGGCCCUUCCUCCUGUUGAAGCCCCCAAGGCAGCUCAGACGCCUGCCAGCAAGAAGAAGCCUACUAAGAAAGACAAGAAGUAAGACGCGUGGAAGCACUAUCAAAGCUGCAGAAAUAUGUCGCCAGGAUCUGAGCAUCUCCUAAAAAAAAAAAACAGAGUCCACAGGUUUGGUUAAAGAAUCAACAAUCUUUAGAUUUAAUGUUCUUCUCUGUGAGGUUUUUAUUUGUUUGUUUUAGAUUUCCUUAUUUUUAUUUAUUGUAUCUUGAAUUGCAUUACAGUAUCUUACUCAAUAACCCCCAACAAUCAAGCAUUUCCUGUUCUGUCGCUGAAACAAAGAACGACUGAACAAGAGGAGAUGUGUUCAGAUUCCUGAAGCUCUUUUUUUUCUGACAGAUACCUCUGUUCUGUAAAUAGCAUUACUAAAACAAGAAAAAAAUAUACAUUUCUUCUUUUAUUUUUUUCCAAAUGUCAUGUUUCAGCUUUCUUUUUGUGUUUUUUUUUUUUUCUCAAAGCAAAGUAGAUGCUUCUUGUGGUUACAAAAUGAAACGCUGGUAGGCUUUUUAACAAUGUGCCACAAAUCUCACCUUGACUGAAAAAAAAAAAGAGUAUUGAGCUGAACUAUGCAGUGAAAAGUGGAUACUAAAAAAAGGGCACACGAAAGUAUAUUUAACUAGUUUUUGGAGUAAGAGAAUACAUUUACAUUCGGUGAGACACUGGACUGUUGUCAUGGUAUUUAAAAAUAGAUUCAGUCUUCUUAUUAACUUCUUAAUGAUUAAGUUAGGCAGAGCUGAAUGUUGGGUUAACAACAUUUGACUAUUCUUUGCUUUUAUUUCCUGUUAGCUUGGUAUAAGAAUUCUGGAAAUGCAAGUAAUGUAAACAGUGUUUUUGAAGAUCAGAAAAGUUUGUGAAGACCUUACUCAGCCUUUGUAAGGUCAAGAUUGGAGAAAGAUUUAGGUCAAAGUGAAUGUGCUAAGAGUAAAUGGAAAACAUGAAGUGAACCACAAAGAAAGAAACAAAUAAUGAACAUGUGGAAAGACUAAUGACUAACUUAAGUGUAACACUGUACUUGAAUGGAUCUUAGAUGGAAGGAUUCUGUCCAUUGUUCUGCACCAACCACCACAGUGUAUAUAAAAUGUGUAACCUGUCUGUACAAACAUUAGAGCCACAAGGGCUGGCUGUUACAGGAAUGUUUCAGUAUUUUUU